AUGGAAAUGCUAAUUACUGAUGGUAGUCUCUUUGGCAAUGUAACAACACUCGAUCUAGGUAUCAUUCACGAGCAACUACCAAAGCUACCAAGCACAGUCAAAUCAUUAACAUUACACAUAAGCAUCGGUAGUUCAAAUUCAAUCUUUAAUUAUAAUAAUAUAGGUAAUACUCUAUUGACUAUCGGUCAAACACUUAAUUAUAAUAAUAAUAAUAUUAAUAAUGUCGUCUUGACUAAUAAUUUAUUUAUUUAUUAUAAAAGUCAAUCCAUUGCAUACACUACCGACCACCGUCAACUCAAUAGCACUCUCGAUCGACCAUAG